AUGCCAGUGAAGCUGCUCUUCAGGCCACCAACCCAUCCCCAGCAACCAUCAUCCCAGGAAAAGACUCCUGGACAUUCAGCCCCGAGUCUCCUUCUGCAGGUGUUGAAGCCCCUGCAUCUUAGUAGCCACAGGUACCAAAGACCAGAAAAGAAAGUGCUUGACUCCAAAGUCCUUGGCUCCAAAUCAGAAGCAGACAUUGAUUUUAUCAGUGGAAACAACACUGAAGAGAACAGUUUGCUUGCUUGGAAAGUUGGCCGCUGCAGCUGGUGGUUAACACCAACGAGAACUCCAGUUUCCCAUAAAGUUAUCGAAAAGCGAAGGAGGGACCGUAUCAACCGCUGCUUAAAUGAGUUGGGCAAGACGGUGCCCAUGGCCCUAGCUAAGCAGAGUUCGGGGAAGCUGGAGAAAGCGGAGAUUUUGGAGAUGACCAUACAAUACUUGAGAGCCUUGCACUCCGCUGAUUUCCCCCGGGGAAGAGAAAAAGCAGAACUUUUAGCGGAAUUCGCCAACUACUUCCAUUAUGGUUACCACGAGUGCAUGAAGAAUUUGGUGCAUUAUCUGACCACGGUAGAGAGAAUGGAGACCAAGGACACGAAGUAUGCGCGAAUCCUGGCUUUCUUGCAGUCCAAAGCGCGGCUGGUCACCGAGCCCGUGUUCCCUUCGCUAGGUUCCCUUCCCGAGCCAGACUUCUCCUACCAGCUUCAUCCCGCGGGCCCCGAGUACCCUGGACACAACCCUGGUGAAGCCUCGGUCUUCCACCAGGGGCCAGGACAUGGCCCCUUCUCUUGGCCCCACGGUCCUGCCCGAAGCCCUACCCUACCCUACCUACCCAACACUCCGGUGACCCUCUCCAACCCGACACAACAGCACAGCCCUUUCCUGGCCCCAGUUCAGGGGCUGGAUCGCCAUUAUCUCAAUUUGAUCGGCCACUCCCACCCUAACACCUUAAACCUGCACACGCCUCAGCACGCCCCAGUGCUAUAACACACAGGAGGCCCAGAUCUCGGCGCCCCUACGACUUCAUCACCUGACUUGGGCACAGUUAGGAGAAAUAUUGCAUAUUGUACAGAUGUAAAUAUAUUGCACACAAUCAGAAGGGGCGGGAGAAGAAUGGUUUGUCCUCUGAAGGUUUCCUCCCUCCCCUCUCUCCCUAAUAAAUAAUUUGAGAAAGACGUUCCGGGAGAAGGUUUUUCGGUUUGUUACCUUCGGCUCCCUUGCCGUGCGCCUUCUCGGAGGCAGUGGUGAGCUGAACUUGGUCGGGAUAAAAGUGAGGGCUGUUGGGGGUUGGGGUGAGGGCUAGACUGCUGCAGUUGCUCCUGGGAUGCAAUGAGAGGGUGUUGAAGUGCUUGAGCUUGGAGAGGUCGGAGAUUGGAGAGGAUGUUACUUGGGCUAGGGAGGAAGAUGUGGGAGCCAGCCAUUCAUUCUUCCGCCAGCGGAUGC